CAGAGAACAGAUCAGAGAGACUCUCUGAGAUCCAGUGCUCAGCUCUGGCCCAUAUAUUGCAGAUGUCAGAGGAGGUUCUGGAUGAGCUGGACCUAAAGAAGUACAACACAUCAUUGGAGGGACGACGCAGACUUAUUCCAGUUGUGAGGAACUGCAGCAAAGCUCGACUGAAUUCUUGUGGUCUCUCAGAGACUCACUGUGAAGUUGUGGCCUCCGCUCUCAAGUCAAACCCCUUCCAUCUGAUAGAGCUGGACAUGAGUUACAAUGACCUGCCGUGUCCAGGAGUGAAGCUUCUGUGUGCUGGUCUGGGGAGUCCAAACUGUCGACUGGAGACUCUGAGACUGAAGGACUGCUGGUUGUCAGAGAUCAGCUGUGCUACUCUGCUGUCAGCUCUGAUGUGCAACCCCUCCCAUCUGAAGCAUCUGGAUCUGAGUGACAAUAUCAGCCUGCAGGAUUCAGGAGUGAAGCUGCUGUGUGCUUUUCUGGAGAGUCCACACUGUCAACUGGAAACUCUGAGAAUGACAAAUUGCAGAUUGUCAGAGGUCAGCUGUGAUUACCUGAACUCAGCUCUGAAGUCCAACCCCUCCCAUCUGAGAGAACUGGACCUGAGCAGCAACUACGACCUGCAGGAUUCAGGACUGAAGCAGUUGUGUGUUUUUUUGGAGAGUCCAUACUGUAUACUGGAGACUUUAAGACUGGCUGGUUGUGGACUCUCAGAAGCUCACUGUGACAAUGUGGCCUCAGCUCUGAAGUCCAAAUCCUCCCAUCUGACAGAGCUGAACAUGAGUUACAAUAAGCUGCAGGAUUCAGGAGUGAAGUGUUUGUCUGCUGGACUGGAGAGUCCAAACUGUCGACUGGAGAGUCUGAGAUUGGAGUACUGCUGGUUGUCAGAGGUCAGCUGUGCUUCUCUAGUCUCAGCCUUAAAGACCUGCCUGUCCCAUCUGAAACAUCUGGACCUGAGUAACAACACUGAUGUGCAGGAUUCAGGAGUGAAGCAUCUGUGUGGUUUUCUGGAGAGUCCAGGAUGUAAACUUGAAACUCUGAGAUUGGAAAACUGUGGUUUGUCAAAGAUUGCCUGUGAUUAUCUGGUAUCAGCUUUGAAAUCCUCCUAUCUGAGACAGCUGUACAUGAGAAGAAACAACCUUCAGGAUUCAGAUGUGAAGCAGCUGUCUGAUCUGGUGGAGAGCCCACACUGUAGACUGGAGACUCUGAGGUGGAAAUGAUAAAUAAGGUGGUGCAUGUGCAGAGUGAGGAUGGGCAGUGUCCUGAUGGACUGGGCCAGAUGUCUAAGAGGUGGAGUAGAGAUGAAGGUGAUUAGAGCAGCUUUUAGUCUGUGUUUAAUGACGCUAACAGAGAGAAAGAGUCAGGCUGAAGAGAGCUGUUAAAUUCACAAACCCUCCAAUCUCACUGUACUGUUGGGGGGAGGUGACUGUUAUCACUGCACUUUCGUGGUGUCACUGAGGUCUUGGUUCAUUUCUGUCUCACUGUUCUAGAGUUUUUCAGGUUUUGUUUGUGAACCUUUGGUUUCCUGUUUUUAUUUCUUGUAUUAUUUUCAUAUAUUGUGAGAAGUAGUUAAUGUGAUUUGGGGUCUAUAAUAACGAUAAUGUGAUCGUUUUAUUUUAUGGGUAUUCUAAUGAUUGUCCAGUUCUGUAACCUAGUGUUUUGGUUCAUGUGUUGUCUUUUAUUAUUACUCCCUCAUUGAUGUUGCUGCUUGUAUUCUGUGUAGUUUCCAACCUGUUCAGUUGGAUCUCCAUUUAGCAGGUUUUUUGCUUUUUAAUCUCUAUGAAACAAAUUUGACUUUGAACAGAAUAUUUCAUCAGUCAUCAUCAUCACACUGUAAUGAUCAUAGUGUUUGUAUGUUCCCUGUCUCUUCCACAGACAAGUGGAUCAAACUUUGCCUAGGGCUCCGUGCCUGCAAACAUCUAUAUUUAGUAUAAAAAUAUUUUAUACAAACCCAA